GCAUCGUCAGGUAAACACAUCAUCUCUUCGUAAUGGAGUCAGACAGUGAAGAGAUUGUCAGCUCUUACGAUGGGCCAUUGCCAUACAAUUAUGAGCCUCCUAGGCGAGAGAGGGGUCAGGCAGAGGUAAGGGGAAGGGUCAAUGGACAGAGAGAUAGAGUUGUGGUGUGAGGAGAAUCGGUGGAGAAUUGGGCAGGUGUCUUGGACCCAGACGGCGGCCUGGGUGCCAGGGGAGGUUGAGCUGAGCGUCUGCUUCCUGCCCGCCCAGCGCUGGCUGCUUCAUCCACAGCCGGCAGGGUCUACAGGGCCGCUGGAGCCACGGCCGUACUUCCUCCAAAGCUGCUCAGUGAUGUAUUAGUGUAGUUUAUUUUUUGGGGUACAUGUCUUUGUUGGGUACAUGUCUUUAAUGAGCUGGUAGGGUCGUGACGACUUGCAGAGCGGCAACCGGCGCGCGUCCAGGAUGACUGCGGCGACACCAGAGUACCCGCACCGUCGUUCUCCAUGCAGUGGGUUGUGUGGGAUGUAUCGCCACAGCAUUAACGUUCCUAUGGGCCAUCUUUGUAGACUGUGUAUUGUAGACAAAAGAUGAUACGCAUUUUAUCCCUUGUCAGUAAUUGUGAUGUUGGCCAUUGAUGAAUCUUGGCAGUUUUGAACUUUUAAUUGUGUUAGUAUAAGACCCACACGCACAUCUCUGUGUCCCGAGACUCUCAGACAGCAGGCUCUGUCUAGGCCUCUGGAGGAUUGUGUUCUGUCAGACCAAAGGGUGCAUAGACGGAGAGAGACAGAUGAAGCUAGAGAAAACCUCCCUAUAAGACGGGGCGUGUGUAUGGACACACACACACACACAGUCUUACACACACACACACACACACACACACACACACAGUCUCACACACACACACACACACACACAUGCCCACGACACACGCAUAUGCAUAGGCAUGCCCACGCAGACACGCACGUACACACACAUUUACAGGCUGUCAAGGGAAGGUGUGCAGGAGGGGAGCUGGUUCUUUCUCGUUGCGUGGGGAUGCAAAUGUCCUCCUUUGCAUGGGCAGUAGUCCUCGUCUAUCUAAACAUGCGGCGCUAGUCAAAUCAGAUCCCCAGAAGACGAUUAAUGCCUGCACAAGUGUCCCCAAGAAUCUGCAAACAAUGUGAAGACGUUUCCUUCACAGAGCCGAUGUCUGCGAUGUGGUGACUACCUGGAGUGGUCCGAGGAGCACAGCGGCCUGCUGGGCUGCGAGAGCUGUGACCCGCCGGGAGACCCUGGCCCCCGGCGGUCCAGCAGCCUGACGGGGAGAGAGGACAUGGAGAGGAGCCAGUGGGCCGCCGGCCGGGUGGGGGACGUGGAGUUCACCGGCCCCACGCGCACAAAGGCUAAGUUCGUGAGGGUGCAGAGCAGCACAGACCCCGUGCUGAUCUACCGUAUGCUGACGGAGCAGUGGGGCCUGGCUCCUCCCCACCUGGUGGUGGCGCUGGUGGGCGGCGACGAGCUGGCCCAGAUGAAGCCCUGGCUGAGGAACACCGUGAGGAAGGGGCUGGUGAAGGCGGCGCAGAGCACCGGGGCCUGGUUCCUCACCAACGGCCUCCGCUUCGGGAUCACCAAGCACCUGGGCCAGGCGGUGCGUGACCACUCCCUGGCCUCCACCUCCUCCAAGGUCCGCGUGGUCGCCAUCGGCAUCGCCCCCUGGAGCAUGAUCCACAACAGGGAGGCUCUGCUUAGCGCCAAGCCCGACAACCCGGCGGUGUAUAAGUCCCAGGACCUGCCCCACGGCUCGGUCUACGCCCUGGACAGCAACCACUCCCACCUGGUGCUGGUGGAGGAGGACCCCCAGCGCCCCGGGGCCACCAGCGACAUGAGGGUCAAGCUGCUCAAACACAUCUCCCUCCAGCGCACGGGCCACGGGGGCGCCGGGAGCUUCGAGAUCCCCGUCCUCUGCCUGCUGGUCCACGGCGAGCCACGCAUCCUCACCAGGAUGAUCACGGGCAUCGGUAACUCCUCCCCCUGGCUGAUCCUGGCGGGGUCGGGGGGCGUGGCCGACAUCCUGGUCACCCUGCUCAGCAAGGGCUCAUGGGACGCCGACAGCGUCCAGGAGCUGCUCUCCGACGCCUUCCCCGGGGCCCACCACGCCUCUGACCUCAGGAACUGGAUCAAACUGAUCCAGAAGAUCCUGGACCACGGGCACCUGCUCACGGUGCACGACCCUGAGCAGGAGAGCUCGGAGCUGGACACGGUGAUCCUCAAAGCCCUGGUGAAGGCCUGUAAGAGUCAGAGUCAGCAGGCUCAGGACUUCCUGGACGAGCUGAAGCUGGCCGUGGCGUGGAACCGCGUGGACAUCGCCAAGAGUGACAUCUUCAACGGGGACGUGGAGUGGCAGGCCGCCGACCUGGAGGAGGUCAUGAUGGACGCGCUCGUCAACGACAAGCCGGACUUUGUGCGCCUCUUCGUGGACAACGGCGUGAACCUGGGCGACUUCCUGACCUACGGCCGGCUGCAGGAGCUGUACUGGGCAGUGUCGGAGAAGAGCCUGCUCUACCACCUGCUGCUCAAGAAGUACCAGGAGAAGCAGCUGCUGCUGAAGGCCGCCCGGAGCCCCGGCCCCCCCGGACACCACCCCCCCGAGCAGGGCGAGAGGAAGCCCCGCUUCACCCUGCACGAGGUGUCCAAGGUGCUGAAGGACUUCCUGCACGACUCCUGCAAGGGCUUCUACCAGAAGAUCCCCACGGAGAAGCCGGCUAAGGGCCGUCUGUUCCACAGCCAGAAGAGCCUGGCGGAGCUGGAGGAGUGCUGCGAGCACCCCUGGAGGGACCUGUUCCUCUGGGCCGUGCUGCAGAACCGCCAGCAGAUGGCCAACUACUUCUGGGCCAUGGGCCCGGAGGCGGUGGCGGCGGCGCUGGCGGGCUGUAAGAUCCUGAAGGAGAUGGCGAGGCUGGAGUCAGAGGCCGAGUCCGCCCGCAGCAUGAAGGAGGCCAAGUACGAGCAGUUCGCCCUGGACCUGUUCGGGGAGUGCUACUCCAACAGCGAGGACCGGGCCUACGCCCUGCUGGUCCGCCGGACUCGCUGCUGGAGCAAGUCCACCGUGCUCAACCUCGCCACCGAGGCCGACGCCAAGUCCUUCUUCGCCCACGACGGAGUCCAGGCCAUGCUGACCAAGAUCUGGUGGGGGGCCAUGACCACCGACACGGGCAUCUCCAAGCUGGUGCUCUCCUUCUUCUGCCCGCCCUUCAUCUGGACCAACCUCAUCAAGUUCAGUGAGGAGGAGUCAGACAGCAGGAGCUCAGGGGAGCCGUUCACUGAGCUGGACAGCCUGGACACGGAGAAGGCCCUGCUGCUGACCGACGAUGACGACCCCCUAGGCUCCGCCCCCCACGCCGCCGGCCAGAGCUGUGCCGCCGUGUGGUGGCGCUUCUUCCUGCGGCGCUGGCACCGCUUCUGGAGCGCCCCGGUCACCGUGUUCCUGGGGAACGUCAUCAUGUACUUCGCCUUCCUGGGGCUCUUCAGCUACGUGCUGCUGCUGGACUUCAGGCCCCCGCCGCCCCGCGGGCCGGGGGGCCCCGAGAUCAUGCUCUACUUCUGGGUGUUCACCCUGGUGCUGGAGGAGAUACGACAGAGCUUCUUUACAGACGAGGAGAUCAACAUCUUCAAGAAGAUCAAGUUCUACUUGGAGGACAACUGGAACAAGUGUGACAUGGUGGCCAUCUCCCUGUUCGUGGUGGGGCUGUCCUGCAGGAUGUCCUCAAACACCUACGAGGCGGGCAGGACCGUGCUGGCCCUGGACUUCAUGGUCUUCACCCUCAGGCUCAUCCACAUCUUCGCCAUCCACAAGCAGCUCGGGCCCAAGAUCAUCAUCGUGGAACGAAUGAUGAAGGAUGUGUUCUUCUUCCUCUUCUUCCUGAGCGUGUGGAUGAUAGCGUAUGGCGUGGCCACCCAGGCCCUGCUGCACCCUAACGACCCCCGCAUCGACUGGGUGUUCCGCCGGGCUCUGUACCGCCCCUACCUCCACAUCUUCGGACAGAUCCCCUUGGAGGAGAUAGAUGCGGCCCGCAUGCCGGACAUCAACUGCACCGACGUCCCCGAGGAGAUCAUCAUGGGCACCCUGCCGCCCUGCCCCAACAUCUACGCCAACUGGCUGGUCAUCCUGCUGCUGGUCAUCUUCCUCCUGGUCACCAACGUGCUGCUGCUCAACCUCCUCAUCGCCAUGUUCAGCUACACCUUCCAGGUGGUGCAGGAGCACACCGACAUCUACUGGAAGUACCAGCGCUACCACCUGAUCGUGGAGUACCACAGCCGGCCUGCGCUGGCCCCGCCCUUCAUCAUCAUCAGCCACCUGUCCCAGCUGCUGCUCAGCGUGGUGAAGAGGACCGAGCCCAAGCAGGAGCACCUGGAGAGGGAGCUCCCGGCCGGCCUGGACCAGCGGCUGAUGACCUGGGAGACGGUCCAGAAGGAGAACUACCUCGCCCACCAGGAGUGCCGACUGCUGGAGAGCAGCGAGGAGCGCCUCAGGAGCACCUCCUCCAAGGUGCAGAGCCUGCUGAGGAUGGCCGGGGGCUUCAAGGACCAGGAGAAGAGGAUGGUGAGCGUUGAAGCCCAGGUGCGGUACUGCGGUGAGGUUCUGUCCUGGUUGGCCGAGUGCUUCGCUCAGAGCACCCUGAAGUGUGGCCGUGACGCCCCCAAGUCUCCCAUGUCGUUGCCAGGAGCCCAGGCGGGGGGGGGCAGAGGCCGGCCCCAGGCCGCUGGAGAGGAGGAGGCCGAGGCCGCCGGGCCCCGGGCCAGACAGCAGGGCUACGGGGCCAACAAGAAGUUCCCGUACAUCGAUGAGGAGAAGCGCUAGAUGGAAGGACACCAGGAGAUCCAACGUGCGUUUGCUCAUUUCCAUACAGGAUAUCAAUUCAGAUAAAGACAAAUACAAUACUUUAGAAAACUCACUUUUAAAUUGAGUCAGUACCAAAUGUUUCAAAGCUUUUCCCUUUCACUUGAGGUGAAGACCCAACUUAGCAGAGACACGAUUAAAAUGUUUUCACUACACUA